UUCGUGUCGAAUUCCAGAGAGCUCUGUCCACAACAGGACUAGCUGGGCCUGCCGCUCUAGUUGCUGCUGGCAAUUGCGCAGGUGGGACCGCAGACGUCAACGUGUCAAGCAAGCUCCGACGCCAGAAGGCAUCGGCAUGCGAACGAGAAAGAGUGCACCAGCCGGAGAAAACACCAAUUCCAGGCCACACAUAUUCGCCUUCUCGAAAGACUACCGAACCAAGUAAUCGUCCGCACAUAGCCCAAAUUGCAUGGCGUGACCGCACGUUGAUCCGCAUCACCUCGACCCCCCCCCCCGCCAAGAGCAGCCUCCCACGCCAUCCCGCAGCUCCCUAGACGGCCAACAACCAUGGCUGCGCGCGCGCACUCUCUACGGGACCGCCAAAUAGCCUCCUUGAAGAAAAUCCUCAACCUCAACCAUGCGCUCGAGCAAGGAGAGGGCGAGGAGCCCCUCGCCAACGGCGCCCUCGGCCCCUCGUCGCCCAUCCUAAACGCUGAGGGGGAGCCCAUCUGGAAGGUCCUAGUCUUUGAUGACCUCGGCCGCGACGUGAUCAGCAGUGUGCUGCGCGUCAGCGACCUGCGAUCUCUGGGCGUCACUAUGCACAUGCACAUCGCAGCGUCAAGGCAUCCGAUAUCCGACGUUCCCGUAAUCUAUCUCGUCGAGCCCACCCAGAAGAACCUCCAAGGCAUCACAGCCGAUCUCCAGAAGGGCCUCUACUCCCCCGCAUACGUCAACUUCCUCUCAUCAAUACCCCGUCCGCUUCUAGAAGACUUCGCCACAGAAACCGCUGCCGCCGAGACCUCGGAACACAUCGCGCAACUCUUUGACCAGUACCUAAACUUCAUCGUCGCCGAGCCCGACUUGUUCAGUCUAGGGAUGCAGAAAGAGCACACCUAUUGGGCCCUGAACAGUGCCAAAACUAAAGACGAAGAGCUGGACAACGUGGUGGACCGAAUCGUGAGCGGUCUCUUUAGUGUCGUGGUAACUAUGGGGGUCAUACCAAUUAUUCGAUGUCCGAAGGGCCAAGCCGCCGAGAUGAUCUCGGCCAAACUGGAUCGCAAGCUCCGCGACCACAUUCUAAACUCCAAAGACAACCUGUUCUCGGCUGCCAACAACCGCGCAGCAUCAUCUUCGGCAAACCCCGCACCCAGGCCUGUUCUCAUAAUCCUGGAUCGCAACGUAGAUCUUAUUCCGAUGCUAUCCCACUCCUGGACUUACCAGUCCCUGGUGCACGAUGUUCUCAACAUGAAACUGAACCGGAUCACAAUCGAGACCCCGGUGGACGAGAGCAAUCCAGCCAAGGGCGUAACCCGCAAAGCAUACGACUUGAGCGCGAGUGACUACUUCUGGGAACGGAACGCCGGAGUUCCCUUCCCGCAAGUCGCCGAGGACAUCGACGCCGAGCUGACCAAGUACAAGGAAGAUGCGGCCGCAAUCACCAAAAAGACAGGGGUGACGGACCUCGAGGACCUACAGAACGACACGAGCGCGAGCGCCCAACAUCUCAAGGCUGCAAUCACGCUUUUGCCUGAGCUCAGGGAACGCAAGGCCACGCUAGACAUGCACAUGAACAUCCUCGCUGCACUCUUGACCGGCAUCAAGAACAGGCAGCUUGACAACUUCUUUCAGCUGGAAGAGAAUGUGGCCAAGCAGACAAAAGCGCAGCUUCUCGAGAUGAUCAAGGAUGGGGACAAGGGGAAAGAUCCCCUGGACAAGCUCCGUCUGUUUAUCAUCUGGUUCUUGAGCACAGAACAAGACCUUAACAGGCAAGAAUGGCAGCAGUUUGAGGAGGCACUUACCGCGGCCGGUGUAGAUGGGACGUGUUUGCCGUAUAUUCGACAAGUCCGGGCAACUACCAAGAUGACGCAGCUCACUACUAUCAACUCUUCUGGGGCACAACCCCAGCAAGGGUCGGACCUCUUCGGGCGCUUCUCCAACAUCAGCUCGCGGCUGACUGACAGACUGAAGGAGUCCGGUGUCCCCACCACAGCACUCAGUGCAAACUUGGACUCGCUCAUCGGCGGCAUCAAGAACUUCCUGCCCGCAAACCGCGACCUCACAAUCACCAAGAUCGUCGAGUCCAUCAUGGACCCCUCGGCCGCAUCGUCCACGGCCAUCGCCAAGACUGAGCAUUAUCUCUACUUUGACCCACGCUCCGCCAGCGCUAGGGGCACCAUGCCCCCACCCUCAGCUAUGCGAUCUGGGGCGGGUGGCUCUGGCUCGUCGGCAGCCGGCGCAGGUGGCCCCCCUGGCGGAAUGCCCAGUUCUGGCUCCGGAGCGGCUGCGGCCAGCUUUGGACAGCGGCGUCAGGGCUUUACCGAAGCAGUUGUCUUCACCGUUGGUGGAGGCAGCAUGGAUGAGUACGGGAAUCUUCUAGAGUGGGUGGCACGCACGAGCGGCGGCGGUGACCGCGUCAAGCGCAGGGUUGUAUACGGCAGCACCGAGAUGCUCAACGCCGGCGAAUUCAUCGCUCAGGAGCUCGAGAGGUUGGGCAAGGAGGUAGCGUCCUGACGGAUGUCAUGAUGGAGCAGGAGUUAAAAGAAGAAAGCAAUCCAGAAGCUAGACAGUCUUUUUAUGAAGCCUAAUGGCGUUCCAUUUACUGUUCCUUUAUAGCGUUUCAUCUUUCGCGAGUGCUAGCGCGCCUACAUCCUGAGCAUUUUCAUCAAGGUACUGGUACCUAUAUAUGUACCUAGGUAGGUAGGUAGCUAUCAUUUUGGAUAGGGGCGGCUCCAGCUCGGGUUAAGGCACGAACACGCACCCACAAAGCCCCAAGCAAAGCCAGUCGACAUAAAUACCCCCUAUUUCCCCUGGUAGGUAGGUGGAUGGUAGGUACGUUCAUCUCAAUACAAU